AUGGCCUGGACCCCUUCCCUGCUCACCCUCCUCACUCUCUGCACAGGUUCUGUGACCUCCUCUGUGCUGACUCAAGUGUCUGCGGUGUCUGUGACCUUGGGACAGACAGCGAAGAUUACCUGCCAGGAUGAUAUCCUAGAAAUACUUAAUGCAAACUGGUACCAGCAGAAGCCAGGCCAGGCCCCUGUGCUGAUCAUCUAUGAUAGCAGUGACCGGCCUUCAGGGAUCCCUGAGCGAUUCUCUGGCUCCAAAUCAGGGAACACGGCCACCCUGACCAUUAGCAUGGCCCAGGCCGAGGACGAGGCUGACUAUUACUGUCAGAUAUUGGACAUUAAUACUAGUUAUUCACAGUGA